AGUAUUUUGUUGCACAAAAUAUUUAAGGCAAUAAUUUCAUAUUUUUGGGAAAAACGGAUAUUUGCUUUCUGUAGAUCGAUAGUACGCUCAUAUCUGUUCAGUGUUAGCUUAGCAUAAAGAAAGGACACAGGCUCAGUCCAACAGCAACAGAAUGCAAUUUGUCAGAUAACAGACAAAAUCAAUCAAAGCCUUCUAAUAAUUACUCAUUUCUAAAACUGUUCCUUUAUUGGCCCAAUAUAUAAUAUGCAUCUCUAGCAAAAACAAUCUUUUCAUAUAACUUUCGGUAACAAAUAAACCUUUUUCCCAAAAAUGCCAACUAAAAUAUAAGUAUUACCAUGCUUUGUAAAUAGUUGAGGUAUGAAAAUGUAGUAGGGUGCCACUUAUAUUCUCUAUAAAGUUGCAUAUUAAUUUGAGUAAUUAUUAUUUGCUAACAUAAGAGUUUCAUUAUGUGCACAGAAAACAUAUAAAGAGAGUUUACUACUUGCUCUCAUUACUCAUCUUGGAGGAUGUGCAUGUGUUAUAUUUCCUGUUAACAGCACCCAGUCUGUGCUAACGUCUGUGUGCAGAAAUAAGCUGCGGCCCCCCCCUAACCCUCCCCCAUACUAACCUGCUGUGGGAUGGCAGCGGUGCACCGGGGAGUGUGCUGCUGUAUGAGUGCGUGGAUGGAUUUUACCAGGAGGCUGGAAAUAACAUGUCGACAUGUUUACUGUCAGGACAGUGGGGGGAAGUGUCUGUGCAGUGCAAAGCUAAAUGUGGCCCGGCUCCCUUCCUCCCCAAAUCCGAGGUGGUUUGGCACAACAUGAGUGUCGUGAUCCACCGCUGUGUGAGUGGACAUCACAGCUGGAGGGGCGGCAACGUGUCUGUGUGUGGCAGCUCUGGGGAGUGGCAGACAGCGACACUGAGAUGCAUCGAAAUAAAGCCACCUGUCAGUCACCUUUGUGUCCUCAAAGAAAAAUGUCUGCGCUGGAGAGCGGAGAAGUAUGAGGAGGAUACUGAAGAUUACAAGGUGACGUACGUGGGAUCCAGAGACUUCCAGAGGUCCUUUCAUGAUAGGAGGAAGCAGUUUGUGAGCUCGAAGGCCGACCAGCUGGAGCUCUGUCUGAACCUGCUUCCUGUCACAAACUACAGCAUCUCCAUCACUGCAGUGUCCUCCAGGUUCACAGCCAGCAUCACCACCAGCACCAGCUUACCAGUGCCUCCAGCACCAGCUGUGUACUACAGAGAAUUUGAAACUCCUGUACCGACCUUGAGGCUCCGCAGAUCAGCCAACACACUGGACCCAAUAAGUUUGUACCAGGUGUUUGUGCUUCCUGUGGAGGGGAUUGUGAUGUUUGACUGUUCCUCUCCUGCGAGCUCAAACCCCAAAAUAAAGUCCUCAGCAGAAUACAUCACUGCCCAGUUUGAUGUCCGACAUGUCGGGACAGAGAUGAACUUCACUGUCGGGGAUGGACUCGACUAUGGAGGCUUCUUCAAUGCACCACUGGAGAACGGCAGGAACUAUUAUAUCAUGUUACGCGCUGUCAGUCAGUGGAAAUCGGCUUUAAAAAGUUCCUGCGUCCUGUGGGCUGAAGUAAGAGGUACAUCGUAUGUUCUGAGGGUUUCUUCUCUGUCUGCGGCGGCGUUAAUCGGACUGGUGGCCUUUUUCAUGAUGUGCGGAUACAGUUCCAGCUGGUUUUUCAAGAGGACAUGCCACUCCUAAGUGCUGAUGUCAUUUUAUUUGUGUUGUUUUUUAAUUACAGUCUUGACUUCCUAUCUGUACGUUUUGUUUUGUACAUUUUGUAAAUAAUUAUAAUAAACAUUGUCUUUCACUGCAA